AUGCGUGUGUGCGUUACAUUUCCUCGCAACUAUUCCGAUCCUCACGCAGCAGUUGCAGCAUCCUUCCUACCUCCUCUCUCUUUUUUUUUGUACUCAUGGUUUAGUUUCCUUUAUAUAAUACUGCACAUGGUUGUCGUGCGGUGUUGUUUCGUUUGUUUGUUUGUUUUCUGUUUAUUAUUAUAUAUGUAUGUUUGGGCGUGUUGUUGUUGUUGUUGUUGUUGUUUUUCUUUCAUUUUCAAUCCUCUCACACAAAUUUACACCAAUCGGUUGCAGACGCCAGUGACCCUGUGCCAAAAGACAAAUAUAAAUUAA